UGUGAUAUCUGAUUAAACACAUUUAACCAUCAAUUAGUUGAACGUGCACUUUUGAUUCCACUGCUUGUGAAUAUGCACAAAUUUUCAAAAUUACUAACCAUUCUACCAUUUUAAUUCACAAGUUUGCUUAUGCAUAUUGAUUAAGCUAAAUGACACAAGUACCUCUGCUAGUCUCCUCUUUAGACCACCAUCACUUCUCUGGCCGGUCCACCUCACAGGCCACAGCCACCAUCACAACCUUCUUUUCCGCCGCUGACAACCAAACGCACCGAUUUGGAUAUUGUUAAAGGAAUAAAUAGAAAAAUACGGAGACUAAAUCUGCAUUUUGAUUACUUGUUAUGGAGGAGCAAUCAUUCUUUAGCAAGUUCCUUGUCAACCUUCGUUCCUCCUGCAAGUAUUAUACUGGCUAUCCUAAGGAUCUUGGGCCAUCCAGGGUUAUUCACUUUACCUCGGAACGUGAAUUUGUCCAACUUCUUCAUCAAGGCUCCCCGGUAGUCGUUGCAUUUACGAUCAAGAGUAACUACAGCAAACAUCUUGACAAAGUUCUAGAGGAGUCUGCAGCCGAGUUUUAUCCACAUGUAAAAUUUUUACGUGUAGAAUGCCCGAAGUACCCAGGGUUUUGCAUAACAAGACAAAAGAAGGAAUAUCCAUUUGUAGAGAUAUUUCAUAGUCCAGAACAGGCAGCUGCUCAGGGCAGGGUUGCUGAUCCUAAUAUUACCAAAUACUCUGUCAAAGUUUUACCUUUCAACUAUGAUCUAAGUGCUUAUGGAUUUCGUGAGUUCUUCAAACGACAUGGAGUCCGAUCAUCAGAUUCAAAUUAAAAGUUAAGGAGUCUCGAACAUGACCUUAUCAACAGUAUUAAGCUGCUUAGGCGACACAAGCUGGUAGAACAGGAUGAACAAAUUAAUUUGAAGCUGAGCUUAUAUUCGUGGGCUCGUCAGAGACAGAUUUCAAUAAUCUCGUUAAAGGUAUCAUGGAGCUAUCAGAGAUGUUUUGACCAAUGCAGACACCUAUGGGUACAAUUACCAAGUUAUGAACUAGUUUCUUUGCACAAGUUGUAAAGAAUAAUGUUCUGUUUUGCCAUUCAGUACCCUUUUUGAAUACCUUGGUUGGUUUUGCUGAUACUAAUUAGAAUUUCAGACCUUUCUGCACGCAACUGUUGCAUGCCACUUGAACUGGCCUGCAUGUACUAGUUUACUGUGUCUAUCUGUGUGUACACAUAUAUGUAAUAUAUAAGGAUGCACAACUGUGAAUUAAGAAACAUUCAAUCAUCGAUGAAUACAAGCAGAAAUGAAUGGCACGGGUGGUUUAUGUUUA